AUGGCCAACGGGUGCCGGUUGCCGCCGUUGCCUUUGCUGUGGUUCCACACGGUGCCAUGCUUCCUGCUCAGUGUCGCGUCGGGAAUGUCGGCGGAGCAUCCAUUAGAGUGGGUCAACCCGCUCGCAGGCGCUGCUGGUGGGCAGAAGGCCGGGCAGCACCACAGCGCUGGGAAUACCUUACCGCUCGUCGCGCGCCCGUGGGGCUUCAACCACUGGGCGCCAGUGUCCACCCUCGACGCCACGAGCUGGUGGUUCGACUCCACCGCAGACACCUUCCACGGAAUUCGGUGCACCCACCAACCCUCGCCCUGGAUCGGCGACUAUGCUUGGUUCAUGUUGCGGCCGUUUCUGGGUUGGACCAGUGACGAGUGGCUUGGCUUCACCAGCUACCAGACCGCGGGGGCCAUCCGGCCCUACCUGAUCGACAUCACCGCGGGGCCCUACGGUGUACGGACUGAGUUUGCGCCCAGCGAACAUGGUGCCGUGCUUCGCGUCACCUUCCCGCCGUCGGUGCCGACCGACGAGCGGCGCGUGUGCGCUUGGGUGCCCCUUGGCAGUGGGAAGGACGACGAGGAUGAGAAGCGCGCCAAGAAGACAGGUACGCCCACUGGAGAGUGCCGCGGCGUGGGCUCUGGCGUUGUUGAGCUGACGUCGCGCAAGUAUGCGCAGGGCGUGCCAGAGGAUGCGGACUUCGCCUUCUUCGCUCGCCUCGAGGCGCCGGGCCUGCGGGUGCAGGAGAUCGAGGAGAAGGCCCCGGACUGCUUCGAACAUGGGAUCAAGUACCUGAGGAAAGACGACGGCAAGAUGAACAUGGACAAGCACCCCCGUAGCAGCGAGUCCAGCGCUGCGAACUGUCAGGCGCGGUGCGCGCGGUCUGAGGGCUGCGCCUUCUUCACAUGGUGGCCCGACGGUGGCUGCCACCUGCUCGACGCUCGCAUCAAGAAGGAAAAGGGCCUGGGCCUCUUCUCGGGCCCUGCCAGGUGCCCGAAGGCUCCCGACAAGGGCACUCCGAAGGUCAAGCGCAACUGCUGCUUCCUGCUGGGCGAUGCGGAGCAGGCUCUGCACGCGCUCACCUCCGAGGUGGCGGGGCUGUCGCUCGAGGAGGUGGCCGCCGAGGGGCAGCGCUCCUGGGAGGAGCAGCUCCUGCAGGUGCAGGUGCUCGACGCGGGGCCUGCUAGCAGGACUACGGCGUGGCGCCUGGAGGUGUUCUACACCAGCCUCUAUCUCGGCGGGGUCACGGACAAUGGCUUCUGGGACACCUACCGGACCGUCUACCCUUUCCUGGCCCUCGCGUAUCCUGAGCGGCUCGGCGAGCUGCUGGAGGGCUGGCUGAACGCCUACCGACAGGGCGGCUGGCUGCCGAAGUGGGCCAGCCCAGGGUACCGCGACAGCAUGACCGGGACGUUCGCUGACGUGGUCCUGGCCGACGCCAUCCUCAAGAACAUCUCGGGCUUCGACCACUCCGUCGCGUGGGAGGCGAUGAAGAAGGACUCUUACCAGGAGAGCGGCCCCAAGGACUCGACCCGCGGCAAGCACGGGCUGAGCAUCUACUCCGAGCAGGGGUACAUCCCCGUCGACGCCGGCAUCCCCGAGGCCUGCUCCAGGACCCUGGACUUUGCAUACGCGGACGCGGCCGUCUCGGCGGCAGGGCGGCACUUCGGGUCGCUGUUCGACCCCGACCAGAAGCUGAUGGGCCGACGGCUGAAGAGCGGCAGCUUUAACGCCGAAGCGGCUGGUGUGUGGGGCAACGGCUUUACGGAAGGAUCCGCGUGGCAUCACUCCUUUCCUGCCUUCAAUGUCUCCGCGCUGGCGGAGUUGCAUGGCGGGGGCGAGAUGCUUCUGCAGCGCUUGUGGGACCUGCUGGCCGCCCCAAGCUUCUUCGAGGUCGGGUCCUACAAGGGCGAGAUCCACGAGAUGCGGGAGAUGCGGAUGAUGAGCAUGGGUCAGUAUGCUCACAACAACCAGCCAGGGCACCACCUGCUCUAUUUGUUUGCCAUGUUGGGUGACCACAACGUGACUGCCCAGUUGGUCCGACAGGUGCUCACGCGGGGCUACUUCAUGGAGGGCUACUCCGGCGAUGAGGAUAACGGCGAGAUGGGCGCGUGGUUCGUGCUGAGCGCGCUGGGGCUCUACGCCGCCGCGACGGGCACCACAGACGAGUACGUGCUCGGCGCGGUUCCGCUUUUCCCCAGGACCCUCCUGCGCAGCCUCGAUGUCACCGUCGAGGCGCCCUCGGCUGCGGAGGAGUCCCCGGCCGUCCUGCAGGUGCUCUGGCGCUCGGCGCCGCUGGCGCGGCCAGCGGUGCGGUACGCCUCGCUCCGGCUCGGCGGCGUGCUGCACUGGGUGUCCCCGGGGGACGCGAAGUACAGCGUCGUCGCGUCGAGGCUUCGCGGAGCACUGCACGGCGCCAUGCGCCGCGCGAAGCAGCUGGAGCGGGCCGUGGCCAGUGCGCCCGCGCCGCAGCCAGAGCAGGUGCCAGGCGCUGGGCCCGGGCCGACGCCGAGGCUGCUGGCGGUGCUGCCUGCGUUGGCACUUGGCUCCUUCUGCUGCCAGCAGUGGCGCGCCAGAGGCGAGGGCGAGGAGAAGGGCGAGUGA